AUGUUCACUUUCGCGUCGUUGCUAGCCCUCGCGCUCGCAGGCCAGUCCCUGGCAAAAGCGCCGUAUUGUCUCCCCGGCGAUGCCACCUGCUUUCCGUCUACCGAGGAGCUCUCACGCUUCAAUGUCUCCAUUGGCGGGAAAUUGCUGGCUCCCCCUCCAUACGGCCGAGUUUGCUAUGCCGACCAUUUCGACGCGGCAGCCUGUGCGGAGCUCGUGGCCAACAAGGGGAAUGGCACGUACCGCGAAGCCAUUCCAGCGGCCAUGAUGUAUACCAACAUGGAGUUCACCUCCAACGGCACCGGCUGUCCGGUUCCCGCGGCCGCGCCGGAGAAAGGACUGGAUGGGUCGUGUGAAUUGGGAGCACUCGGUUCCUACUUUGUGCAAGCGACCAGUGCAGACGACAUUAGCCAGGCCGUGAAGUUUGCCGCCAAACACAACCUUCGGCUGCGAGUGAAGAAUACCGGGCAUGACUAUACGGGGCGCAGCACCGAUGCCGGUUCCUUUGUGAUCCUAACUCAGGCGUUUCAAGAGGUCGAGCUCAAAUCGGACUUUGUUCCUACUGGAUGCAGCUCUUCCAGGUCGCAGGACGUUCUUCGCCUAGGCGCCGGUGUUGUAGCGCAGGAUCUGUACGCCGAGGCAGCCAAGCUGGGAGUCGUCACCACGGGUGGUUUCUGUCCCACCGUUGGGAUUGCCGGGGGAUUUGCCCUAGGCGGAGGCGCGGCAGGGCCUUUCCAGCCCGUCAUUGGCAUGGGUGCCGAUAAUGUGGUUCAAUACGAUAUUGUGACCGUCGACGGCACAAUCACGGUCGCCAACGAGUGCGAGAACAAGGAUCUUUUCUGGGCGAUGCGUGGCGGAGGCGGCGUCUUCGCCGUCAGCACGGCCACCUACGUGAAAGCGCAUCCGGCCUUCAAGGCCGUCAAUGUCGUCGCGGGUCAGGUCUCGGCCGCCAACGAGAAAGCAUAUCGAAACCUCAUCUCAGAAUUUGUGCAGCGCGAUCCGGAGUAUGCCUCGGGCUUUAGCUCGGGGAUCUGGGAGACCACCUACCCAAACCUAACGAUCGUAUUCCAAAAGGGAUUCCAGGCAAACGAGACCCUCGUGUCGGGUGAAAAGUCAGCGAGCGCGUUUGACUUCCUCAAUUCGCUUGACGACGUCACGGUAAGUCUGCAAGGCUUGCAGUUCGAGUCCUGGAGCCAGGCGUUCGAAGCUGUAGUCGGUCCCAUCAUGGAGGAAGGUAGUGCGGUUGGGGUCAACAUCUUGGACAUCAGUCGGGUCGUGUCGAACGACAUGUUGGGCUCGAAGGAUGGCCGACAGUCUAUCGCGGAGUUCGUUACGGUUUCCCAUGAAGCCCCCUAUCAUGAUAACGGCUCUUCUGACAUGGAUUUUCUCCAGACAUCGGUCAAUCCGGCCUUCCGUAAGUCGGCAGCUUACUUCGACAUUCCCGUAUUUGCCUCAUCGACCGGCGGAACAACCUCGGUGCAACAAUCCACAGCGCAGUCUCUCAUGCCCCAGGCGGACCAAGUCUUCGGUCGCGACGCCUAUUACAACGAGGGAAAUCGACUGGAGUCGGACUACCAGGAACGGUUCUGGGGCAGCAAUUACGAGGCUCUCUUGUCGCUCAAGAAGAAGAUCGACCCGAACUGUGUUCUCACGGGCGCAUUAACGGUAGGCGAGACCGAGAUUUGCGGUAGUCGCUAA